GGCUCGAAAUGGCGGCCAACUCCAACCGACGAGUGGUGCCUCUCUCUCUCGCAUUCUGCAUCUGUUGUUCGUGGUGUUCGGAGCGUCGUCAUCGUCGUCGUUCGAGCGUUUUCCCCCCAGUUAAUCCAAUCCCGACAGAGAGUGUAUGCAGUACCGAUAUAUAGUGCGUGUGUUUUUUGCAAAUUGUGUGCUUCGGAAGCCGCUCUGCAACUUCUUCUUGGUGAGAGUGAGUGAGUGAGUGAGAUCAAGUGAUUAAGAUCGAGAUUGAACGUCCCGCGUGAAGCUAGUAGAAGCUUUCGUGUUGAACAAGGAUUUGUGUGGUUUUUGUGUGCUUUCGAGGUAGUAGAUUACCUACCACACCGCGCACACACCCGGAUCCCGCGGAGAGCUGCUUUCCGUUGUUUUUCCUCCCCACAAAAAGAAUACUCGAACGAUCAAUCAAUAAAGUACCAUGGGUAAGGCACAGAGCAAGCGAUCCGUCGACAUAACUACAGACCCGGCAAAGGACGGCGUCGUGACGGAGGGAGCCGGAAAACUGGAAAAGAUCGAAGAUGUUGAUCAACUGAAGGCACAAGCCAACGGCGAUGCCCAGCACAACGAAGGCGAAGGCGAGAAGAAGGUAGAGAGUGAUGCGGCCGAAAAUGAAAAGGACUCCAGCACAGAGAAGGCAAACAAAGAGGGUGGCGAUGGAGGUGGUGGCGAUACUAGUGCCGCCGCUGUCUCCCCUACCUCGGACAAGGAAGGUACGGACUCAGAUGCAAACAACAAAACGCUCGAGAACGGCAGCAAUGAUGAGUCGCUGAAUGACAGCAAGGCCGCCACAGAUGAGGCCAGCAAGAAGGCAAAGAAGCCCAAAAAGAAGUGGUCGUUCCGCAGCCUGUCCUUCAACAAAAAAGAUAAGCAAAAGCCGGCCAAAAAGGAGAAGGACGAGGAGCGUGUCAACGGCGAAUGUGAGAAGGUCCCGGAGGAGCCCACUGAGGAUGGUGCCGCCGCCGCCGUCACUGCAGCAGCAGCUGCUGCUUCGGCUGGAGCAGCCACCGUUGUUCAGGAAGCCGCAUCGACUACCGCCGAAGCAAGUGAAACGAAAUCGUCCGAAUCUGCUGCUGCUGCCACCGUUGAAGCCGUUGCUGCCGCCGUCGCUGCCCCGGUUGCAGAAGUGUCCACAACCACCGCCGCCGCCGCCCCCGUUGUCGCCCCCGUCGAAACCCCGAAAGUUGAGGAACCGGUGAUCGCCGCGGUUGCUGUCGCUCAGCAAUCUGCCGCUGAAGCAGUGGCCCCAUCGACCACCACGGUGGAGGAACCGGCGGCCGCCCCUGCCGCCCCGGCAGCCGCAGUCGAGAACGGUCAGGAAGUCAAGGCUGAGGUUGUGGAGGAAGUGUCGCCGAAGGUCGAAGCUAAAGAACCGGAAACUGUAUCGCCAGCUGCCCCAGCUGUCCCGGUUCCGGCGGCUGCUGAAGAAGAGCCCGUGACCGAACCGGCCGUUGUUGAGGUAAACACCCCUACUUCUACCAACACCCCCACUACUACUACUACUACUACUACUAGCAAUACUGUUAGUGCCGGUACUGUUGAGGUAGCGAUCCCUGAACCUACUAAGUCGUCGGUAGAGGUUGGUGAAUCUGCUGCUACUUCUACUACUCCUACUUCCACUACUACCAAUAUCGAUCAAAGCAAUGCUGCUAUCACCGGUAACGUUAGCGAGUCUGUGCAGGCCAAGGUUGUAGAACCGGUGGCCGCUGCCGCUGCCGCCGCCACCUCCACCGCCCUCGAAAGUGGUGAAAGUACGCCUCCUCCCCCUCUACCCUCCAUUCCUCCGCCCUCUCAGGUGAUGGUGUUCGUUGAGGCUUCCAUGUCGCAAGCCGCGGUUGAUGCGUCCUCGGUUGAGGAUUCGCUCGGUCCGAAUGAAGAGCAGCUGCUGCAGAAGAGUGUCGAUGUCGAGACGAAGGAAAAGGUCGUUGAUAGUUCAUCCGUUGAGGUAGUAGAGCAGGGUAUUAGCAAUACUGUCGCGGGGCAGGUUGGUUCGCUUGUGUCGUCGUCGUCAGUGGAGAAGAAGGAAGAGGUUGUUGCUGCCGAAGCCGUGGUUGCUUCCCCGAUUGUCCCAGAGGAAUCGGUGGUUGCUGCCGCGGAACCGGAACAAACGAAGCAAUCGGAACCGGAACCGGAACCGAUCAUCGCCACUCCGCUGCCUGCGGAAGAGGUGGAAGAGAUCAAGGAAACUGUCACCAAAGCGGUAGGCGAAAUUCUGGAACAAGCCGUCGAUAAGAUUGAAAGCGGAGAAGCACAGCAGCAGCAGCAGCAGCAACAGCAGGAGCAGGAGCUGCCUGCUGCCGUAGAUGCUUCCUCCGAGGUUGUGCCGGAGUUGCCAGAGGGAGAAUCGUCGCUUAUCGAUGAGAUCAGUAACAAUAUCGAUGAUCUGCCGCCACCACCGCCACCGCCAGCCAUGGAUGAUGAUGAGCCGGUGCCCGAUUCUCUACCAUCGCCCCUACCUACCAUCGCUGCU